AUCACAUUGAAUGUCAUGCAUGAUGAUCAGAUUAAUAUUUGGUCUAGGAAAUCAUCACGUGAGGACACGGCGAGCAAGAGGCGGGCUCACCCUUUCCUCUUAUUUGCAGCUGAUCAACCCGCCAUCAAUACCUCCAUUCUCGACUAUACAGCAAUUUGCACAGUGGCAAUUUUGAAUGACCUCCACAGUGCGGUCUUCGGAACAGUGAAACAAAAAUGCAUUGCCGCUGUUAUAACCCGCGAGGUUUCCGCACUCAUACUGUCCUGCAAAUAUCUUUCAGUCGAGCGAACUUAUACGGUAUCAUUGAAUCUCAUCAAGUGACAUCGAUUCGGGUCUCGGGACCUUCGAGAUUGUCACCAGAGACUACUGCAAGUAAAGGAACAUCUUGAAGCGUCCUAGAACUAAUGGUUCUCAGAAUUUGCUCAGAAUCAUGCUUAUCUGAACCUUUUGAUGCCUCCUAUCGAAAAAGUGGCCUUGAAGUGUGUAAGAGUCGUGCUAAGCCAGUGAGUUACAUCGCAUUGGUAUCAGAGAUGCAGACGCUGCUCAACACUGAGGUGUUUGCGACCCACCGGCAUUUUCUUCUGUCUAUCUUCCAAUGCCCGCCGGAAAAGGGUUCUGAUGGUAGGAAAUGUCUUUUUCAAAAUUUCAAAUUAUCAGUAUACAAGUCCCCGCCACCCAUCCUAACAGUAUCCAAAACGGCCCUCACCAGCUCAUUCCAUAACUGUCUCACAAUCGAAUCACCACGUGCUUCCAAUAAUCUCCUCCGUACCAAGUCCGCAGGCAUCUCUAAGCGUCGCCAUCUCCGAAGGAUCAAAGACAGUAGGGCGCUUGACCAACAAAACGAUUCGCUCUGCAAUGCACAAUGUUGUCCCGACAUCAAUCAGCCCUCACAGAACCGCAGACUGCAACUGAUACUCUCAGCGUGCAGAGAGGAUCCUGUUGAAGGGGGAUCGCCACGGAAGAUCUGUAGUUUUUGUUCUUCGUCUGGUUCGCCUGAGCAGCAGCACAAUCGUGGAGGAACGCAUGAUGUUGACAUGACGUGGAAGGUUAUCUAUAGAAAAGCAAUCCACAGAACCAAGAUACAUAAGGGAUCACAUUCUCAAGAAAUCAUGCGUGAGCAUGCAACUUCUAAGCCCAAUAGUCUAAGUUGGUGUCGAAUUAUAUGACGACGCAGGCGUUCGGGCGCUCGAGUCUGGUACAAGUAAAAUAGUAUAGUCGGGAGAUAGACGAGAUUGUGAUAAUAUGAUGAGUUAGACAUCGAGUAUAAUUCUAAAUUUCCACUACUUCUUGCUGAGUGCUUGAAGCUGGACGAACUCGUAAUAAUCUCCUCUCCGUGCAAGAAGUUCGUCAUGGGUUCCGGAUUCGCUGACUCUGCCUUCCUUGACAAAAUGUAUGCAAUCAGCGUUCUGGAUAGUCGAAAGGCGGUGGGCGAUAGCAAUUGUGGUG